AAUGCCAACUCUUCCCCAAGAAACAAGCUGGGCUAGUGAGCCACUGGCCAAGUACCAAGGCAUGUGCCUAACCCUCCCCAUCCUAAAAGGCCACAUCUUGGCUCAGCACCACUUUCAGCCUCAAGCCACCCAUAGCAUUUUACUAGCCACCUUCCCCAAAUCUGGCACCACCUGGUUCAAUGCCCUGCUUUUCUCCAUCAUCAACAGGAACCUUCUGGAAUUUUCCAUCCUUUGCUCACCACCAAUCCCCAUGACUGCAUUCCCUUGGUCCUUUUGGGACCAAGUUUUAGGGUACUGGAAUGCAGGCUUGGAAUCACCCAACAGGGUUUUGUUCAUGAGUUAUGAGAGGACAAUGAAGGAGCCUCUGGUCUGUGUCAAGAUGUUGGCUGAGUUUUUAGGGCAAUCCUUUUCCUUGGAGGAGGAGAAGAGUAGAGUUAUUGAGGAAACAGUGAAGCUGUGCAGCUUUGAGAAUUUGAGCAACUUAGAGGUGAAUAAGACCAGUUUGACUCAGUUUGGACCUGAAAUAACUCUUGAGAAUGAUGUGUUAUUUAGGAAAGGUCAGGCUGGAGAUUGGGAAAGCCAUCUUACAGGUGAGAUGAUUGAGCGUUUGGAUCAGAUCACAGAGCAGAAGUUCAAGGGCACUGGAUUGAUGAACUCCAUGAUCUCCAAUAAUUAAGUAUUCAUCAUGAUUGCAAAUUUUUUUUUUUCUUCUUCUAUGGGAUCUUUAUCACCUACUAGUGGCUUGUUUUCAUUCCUUGUUCUACUUUAUUUUGUGGUUUAAGUAAUGUUUUGCAAGUGAUUUGUAUAUCUAGUAUAUGAUGCAAAUGUGAUGAAUGGAUGGCAGGCCAAAUUUAUAUUUUGCAUAUGUCCUUUUAUUUUUUUUAUUUAAAUUUUUUAUUAUUUCAAUUAUACUAUUAAAUCUAUAUUUUCGAAUCAAUUUAAUUCUUAUAUUUUAAUAAUUUUUUUCGUGUAAUAAUUUAAACU